GCUGCCGCCGCGGCGGGGCCGAGGCCGGCCGGGAGCGAGCGCGCGGGCAGCCCCCGACUCCGGCCGCCCCCUCCGCGCUGGGUGCAGCCGCCCGAGUCCGUAGCCGUGCUGGAGCUGGCUGGCUUCCUUGGGCCUGGGCCCUGAGAGAGGAUCCCGUGACAGGAGUGGUGGAGUGAGAUAAGGCUGGGAUUGCAGGCCUGCUUCGCUCCAAAGAUGUUCCCCCAAAACCGCCCCCCGGCUCAUCUCCAGGCACCCGCCGUGGCUUCGGCAGCUGCCAGCACGGUUUCCACGACCCCUCAGUCCCUGAAACUGACCUACCCGGAGACCUUGGACCGGAUCAAGGAGGAAUUCCAGUUCCUGCAAAACCAAUACCACAGCUUGAAGUUAGAAUGUGAAAAACUGGCAACAGAAAAAACAGAAAUCCAGCGACAUUAUGUCAUGUACUAUGAAAUGUCCUACGGCCUGAACAUCGAAAUGCACAAACAGACGGAGAUCGCCAAGCGGCUCAAUGUCAUCUGUGCCCAGCUCAUCCCAUUCCUGUCCCAGGAGCAUCAGCAGCAAGUGGUCCAGGCAGUGGAGCGAGCCAAGCAGGUGACUAUGGCAGAGUUGAACGCGGCAAUCGGGCAUCAGCUCCAGGCGCAGCACCUGUCCCACCACGCCCCUCCCAUCCCGCUGACCUCUCACCCCUCCGGCAUGCAGCCCAGCAUCGGUGGAGCUUCUGGGCUGCUGGCUCUGUCCGGGGCCCUGGGAGCUCAGGGCCAGCUCCUCCCGAAGGACGACAGGGGACUUCACGACAGCGAGCACAGAGAGCGAGACCUGGGUCCCAGCUCCCUGGCGCUGCCCAACGGGGAGCGGGUGCGAGCCAUCUCGGAGUACCUGAGCAACAGCAAGAAGAGGAAGGCUGAGGAGAAGGACUUCGUCACGGACUACGGCAGCGAUGCGGACAAGAGCGAGGACAACCUGGUGGUGGAUGAGGACCCCUCCUCCCCGCACAGCGUCCACUCAUACUCCUCCCGCGAGAACGGGGUGGACAAGGUCCCGUUGCAGCGGAAGGAGGCUGUACCGCUCAGUCCCACCUCCAUGGCCUCGUCCAGCAGCACCUCCCCAUCGCGGAGCAAGGACCAGCCCACGGUGGAGAAAGCCGCAACUCCCGGUUUGAAGUCCAGCACCCCGACUUCCCAAGGAGACGCCACGGUGCCAGGCUCCAGUAGCAGCAGCGCCACCCAGCAGUUCCGCCCGGGGGCGGCAAAGCCCUCGGUGGAUUCGUUAGCUCUGGGCCUGAGGAACCCGCUGGCCAUGCAGAGCUCCUACCCGGCCGCCUUCAGCCUGGCGCACCCCUCCGUCAACGGCGACAUGGCCGGGGCUGGGGCCUAUGCAGGGCUGCACCUGGUGUCCUCACAGCUCAACGGGGCAGCGGCGGCCGUGGGAGCCGCCGGCUACGGCCGCUCCCCUCUGGUCGGCUAUGACCCGCACUGCCACAUGCGUGUCCCGGGGCUGUCGGCCGGCAUGCAGGCGGGGACCUCGGGCAAACCCGCCUACUCCUUCCACGUGAGCGCCGACGGGCAGAUGCAG